AAUAUUUCCCCUUCUGGAUCAGUAAGGGAGGGAAAGGUGUGUUUGGAGAGGAGACAGAGGGGCGCCUUGUCCCCUUCUCUGACAUGUCAGCUCUCCCAAUCCCAAUCCCCCCUCAUUCCUCUCUCCCUCGAUCCCACCUUCCUGCUCCCUCGUUCCCCUGCCCUCUCCAGGAGCUCACACAGACCUUCUCCCUUGAAAGAUGCUAUCGCUUCUCUGCCGUUCCCUCCUGCUCAUCCUUGUUCAACAGUGCCUCAGCAGGGCUCAGAACAAUGGGCAGCAGCUGGCUGCUCGAGGUGGGCAGUCCCUGGCUGAGAGACGGCAAUUCUGCCAGUGGCCCUGCAAGUGUCGGGAGAGACCUCACUGUGCCCCGGGGGUGAGCGCCGUCCUGGACGGGUGCGGCUGCUGCAAGAGCUGCGCCAGGCAGAUUGGAGAGUCGUGCAACGAGAGAGAUGUUUGUGACCCGCACAAGGGCAUGUACUGCGACUUCUCAGCUGACCAGCCACGAUACGAGGUCGGAGUGUGUGCAUACAUGAUGGCCGUGGGUUGUGACCUGAACGGGGCCCACUAUGAAAAUGGAGAGGCUUUCCAGACCAGCCCCCUCUAUAAGUGCACAUGUAUUGCCGGAGCAAUUGGCUGUACCCCUGCUUUCAUCCAGAAGCCUGCGGGUCUCUUGGGCCCCGCCCCGCUGAUUGGCAACAUGCCAGCCGGCCUCCGCAGCCCAAAGAGGCACCAGCAGGACACUACCUACAUGUCAGCUUACAGGGAUCCUCCUUUAGCCUGGAAGAAGAACUGUCUGAUCCAGACCACCCCCUGGAGUCCCUGCUCCAAGACCUGCGGCCUGGGAAUCUCUGUGCGCGUCAACAACGACAACAGCAAAUGUGAGAUGAGGAAGGAUCGCCGCCUGUGCCUGCUGCGACCAUGUGAGAGGAGCGUGCUAACGAGCAUUAAGAUGCCAAAGGGUAAAACAUGCCAGCCUAAAUUCCAGGCAAAGAAAGCAGAGAAGCUGACACUCUCUGGCUGCACAAGUACUAAAAAGUUCAAGCCCACAUACUGCGGCAUCUGCACAGACAAGCGCUGUUGUUUGCCCAACAAGUCACUCAUGAUCAAGGUCAACUUCACCUGUAAAGGAGGCUCCAACACACAGUGGAAGAUGCAGUGGAUAACAUCCUGCGUGUGCCAGAGGAAGUGCAACAAUCCAGACGACAUGUUUUCUGAGCUGCGAUUACUCUGAUGGAGCCCGAGACGGACGCAGGUUCUGAGCCCUGUUGUGGAGGACCGAGGUUCUCCUCAGCAGUGGUGAGGAGGAGACUAAAGACAAGAACUUAAAACUACAAAACCUCGUUUCAUACUAAAGGAUGGCUGGGAUCAUGAAAUGAAGAACUAGAAGUAGAGCGCUUACGUCCACCAAGGCCCAACAGUCCCCUGAAAUUCAGUCAAGUCGCACCAAAUUGCACACACUCAUACCAUAGAUAUCAGUCCCCGAAACCUAUUUUUUCAUCAACAUUCAUUAAAUAUUUCCUGGGAAAUCUGUGAAAAACUAAAAAAAAAAGUGAUAAAUAAAAUUCAAAGAUUUUGUCAAGAUCCACGCCAAAAUCCACUGGGUUCUUCAUGGGUUGUUUUUGACAAACCAACAACAAACGAACAGACAGGGGUGAAAACAUAACCCCCUUGGUGGAAGUAAAAAUGCAGUUAGCUCUGAAGAACCCCGUCUUCAGGACACGUGCAAUAACAACACAGACUGUGGUCAGUGUAACAGCUGUAACAGCAGUACCUCACAAUAUGAUGGUCAGGGAGCCUCGACUGGCAAAUCAGAGUUUGACUCAAUGCUUUUGACAUUGAGGUUGUUUAUUUUUUUUUCAAACAGGGAAACAAUUUAAUCAGGUCAUAAAUAAGACAAUUUGGAUCUAUAACUUAUAAAAGUAUAUACAACAUG